GUCGGCGCACUGCACAGAUCCGGGGCUAAAAAUAAAGUAAAAGCAAAAGGCCAUGAAUCCGAAUUCAUGGCUUUUUCUGUUUCUUGAUAGAAGAGAAGUGGUCUUUGUCGCCUGUUAGCUGAUCUAUCAGCUGUGAUUUUCUCCAAAACGGUGUAAAAUGAAAAAUUGUCAAAGUACUGAAGACCAAGUUUAUUUCAAAGCUUUUCAUUUUUGCUUCGAAGUGGAGUAGAUCCAGUAAGGAUAGAAGAUAACAGGUUGAUAAGGAUCCAAAUAUAGAAGAAUAAAAAGGAACAUCAUGGGAAAAUCAGAAGUUCAGUCAUUACCAAUCCAUCGUCCAGAAACAAAACUCAUAUGUGUUCCUGCCAAUUGCAAGACUAUUGAUGUCACACAUUUCAUAGAUGCUUUUGGGAAGUGCUCUGUUGUAGAUGAGUUAACACCUCCAGAUACUCCUGAAGAACGUGAUGUAGAGGAGACCAUGGAUAUUCCAAAAGGCUUCGAGAUAUUCUCCCACCAAGUUGCUGGCCAUAAGGAUGGGAAAAAAUAUAUUGGUAUGCUGAAACAAGAUGGAACAAUCUUCAAACCUAUAAUCAAAAAAGAAUGUGGAGAGAGGGAGCUUGAUGUUUACAACAAGUUACAAACUUCAAUGGACAGAACUUUGAUACAAAUGAAAAACUUGGUGCCAAAAUAUUUUGGAAUGAGGAGAGUUCUUAUGAAUGGAACCGAAUAUGAAUGCUUAGUUUUAGAAGACCUGAUAAAAGACUUUAAAGAACCUUGCAUUAUGGACGUCAAAAUUGGAAAGCGAACUUGGGAUCCAGAAGCUACUUAUGAGAAAAUUCUUUCAGAAGAGAAAAAGUACCAUGAGUGUAAGAAAGACUUAGGAUUUUGUAUACCUGGUUUUCAAGUCUACCAAAUCAAUACCAAUCAGUUAGUGAAAUAUGGAAAAGAAUAUGGAAACACUCUAACUAAGGAUCGUGUUGUAGAUGUCAUCCGGACCUUCCUUAACGCGGAAAAUGGCAAAGUUUGUCGGAGCCUGAUAGUACAGUUCUUGGCCGCGCUAUGGCAAAUCCAAUACUGGGUCAGAAACCAACGACAGAUGAGACUGUACUCAUCCUCAGUACUUCUCGUAUAUGACGCUAGACGACUUCGAGAAAAAUCGAAACUCAUCAAGCCACCAGCCCCACUGAAGCUAUCCAGGAAAGGUAGUCUCUACAGACCGAUGAGCAUGGCUGCCUUGAACAACGAAAGGAUUCCGACUGGAUUCAGCGGACAGCUGACCAAGGAUGGGCCUAUCUUGCGCACGCCCAGAAUGCCUAACAAGGUCAUGAAUCUGGAGGUGCCUAGCUGCGUCAGCAACAACACGUGGCAUAAGUCGAUCCACACUCUGAAAAGAACCCACUCUUUCCAGAACAAUUACGACAAGGACGUGCAAUGCAGGAAGCAAGACUAUACUUAUCUUUUGGAUGAGUUAUGUACUGAGGAGAAAUCGGAGUGCUGGGCAACGGCCAAAAUGAUUGAUUUUGCCCAUGUGUAUCCUGCUGAAAACUGUGAUAUAGAUAAAAAUUAUUUGGAUGGAAUUGAAAAUUUAGUUAAUUUAUUUGAGGAAUUUCUAUUUGAGAGUGACUAAUAUUUUUUUAUGCUUGUCAAGGCUAUUUUCAUCACAUAACAUCACAAUAUUUAUUCUUGUCUACAACUUGAGUUUUUAUUGACAUUAAAUGAUGUAAUAUUUCAAGUAAUAAAAUCUUUUUGAACUCAA